AUGCAUGCGGAUAUGGGAGGGCAUGGUGGAACCUGGCUCGACAUACACAUGGGAUUUGGAUACACCAGAGACUUCACAUGGUUGGAGACCAGGAAAGCAGUUGAUGGAAAUCGAAGCAUCCGCACGUCUGGAGGCAAGGCGACAAAAGAGGGUCACACAUUCUACGUGAUUCGAAAACCUGGGGCCAAGCGGCGCAUGCUUCCUUGUCGACAGAUUUCACAUUCUGAGAACACUUUCACAGAUCGUUCUCACACUUGGGAAUCACAUGUGACGCUGAAGAGAGAAUUUUCGUCACUCGAAGCUGCGUUUGAUCCUCGCAGGAACCGUACUACAACCGAACAGCCGGUUACUCUGGAAAUUGAAGAUCCAGGGACAGUUCGAAACAACUCUACGCAGCAGGUGACAGCCUUCCAUGGACGCCUGCAUAUGUCGCUGAACAUCUCGGAAGUGAUACCUUAUCGAAAGGAGAGGCAAGAAAUGAUGCUUGCUGAAUUCAUGUCGAGUCAUGGCUUGAGUGAUAAAGUUAAUCGAAUUUUACAAUUCUUAAAGAUAGUUAACGAGAGUCUGGAAGAUUUGAACUCGAUACAUCAGGAUAUUGCGCAGGAAUUGAUUAAUCAAAAGCUUUCCAAUAAGUUGAAGCAACAGCUUUCGGAUCCUCUGGCCAUUACAUCUGGGUCUAUGCCGAAAUGGUGUCACGAGGUCGUGACGAAGUAUGCACCCGUAUUUCCUUUUGAAAUCAGGUUUCAAUAUUUCGCACAUUGUUCCUUCGGUGUAGAUCGAAGUGUUGCUGCGAUUCAAUCUGCGCAAGAUAAAUCACCAGAGCGGGUGCGCCAGCGAGCAAAUGCUCGAACUCGUGAAGAGGACACAUCUAGAUCUCUUGGGCAAUUAAAGCAGGAGAGAGUCGUUGUGAAAAGAGGUAGCCAAAUCCUGGAAUGGGCAAUGAGUGUUAUGAAAGUGCAUGCUAAGCGAAAAGCUAUCCUAGAGGUCACUUUCGCAGACGAGGAAGGGCAUGGCUCAGGUGUAACCAACGAAUUCUACUCCUUAGUUUCAGAUGCCUUGCAACAGAGAGACCUUGGAAUGUGGAUUUGCGACGAUCUGGACAAUACAUUGAAGAAGAAUCGCAAUAGUAGUUUUGAAACUUUUGAUACAGAAAUCGCGUUGUCUCCUAUGAAGAAGGCCAAGGCAAAGACAGAUGGUGACCUGGAGAUCGCUUUCGAGGUCAACAGGUAUGUACAUCGUGACUGCGGACUAUUCCCAGCUCCACUUCCGCCAAACGCCCCUAAUAAGGAUGCAAUCUUGGAGAAAUUUCGUUUUCUUGGAACAUUCUUGGCAAAAGCCUUGCUUGAUAAUAGGUUGAUCAGUCUACCGUUAGCGUAUCCUCUCUUCAAGAUCCUGUGCCAUUACCCACUGAAUGCAUCUGAUCUUGCCUUCAUCGACCCAGAAAAGGCGAGACAUCUCGCACAGCUACAUGAAGUUGCAGUUGUCAAGAAAUCAGCAGAUCUCGAAGAAGAUCCACACAGGAAACAAGAAAUGCUACAAAGCCUGCCGGACGUUGAAGUUUAUUGUCUCACAAUGCAGUAUGCCCCGUCAUCGACCAUUCACGGCUUCAGAUCCUACGACUUGAUUCCUGAUGGCGGUAGCGUCACAGUAGACAUUGACAACGUGCAUGAAUAUGUCGAACGUAUGUACAAUUUCAUGCUCGAUGAAGGCAUCUGCGAGCAGAUCGAGGCCAUCCGUAAAGGGAUUUCAGAAGUAUUCCCAGAGUCUCACCUCAAGGCUUUCACGCCUUCUGAGCUUCGCAGCAUGCUGUCUGGAGAGUCCAACGUGUCAUGGAGCAAGAAUGAUCUGCUGGAGCAUCUAGAACCACGAAACGGCUACGACAUUGAAAGCUCCACCUUUCAGCAUCUAGUUCACGUCUUGUGUGAUCUCGACGAGCGGGAAAGGAAAGAUUUUCUGCGGUUUGUGACUGGAGUCAGGGUUCUGCCACCGGGAGGCCUCAAGAACUUGGACCCGAAGCUCACCGUAGUCAGGAAGCAUUGCGAGAAUGACCCUGAUGAUCACUUUCCUUCAGCCAACACCUGCUUCCAUUUCCUCAAGCUCCCUGAGUACUCGUCGACAGAAAUACUCGCGUGCCGGCUCAAGACAGCUCUGCAGCAUGGCAUGGAUGGUUUCUACUUCAAUUAGAAGACCAAGAAACUCUCGCAUGUUGUUUGUUUACAUGCAGCGUUUAUUGACUUCUCAGUAAAAUAGUUUGUAUUGC